UUUGUUUUCCCAUUGAUCUGUCUGUGUUUUAAUUUUGUGGUGUUGUUUCAGUUAUUACUGUUGUUGUUUUUAGUUUUGUGGGGUUUUGAUGUUUGAUUGAUAGGUCCCCAUGUUCUAAUCCAUCUCUCUAGUCUCGACCUAACAUUAUUGUAUCAUUUUAUGUCAUAAAUCCAUUUUAGGGUUUGAUGUAAAGUGGUUAUUUCCUAAAGGAAAUAAUAAAAAGAAAAAGAGAGUGAAAGCAAAACAAACCCAUUGUAGUAAAAUCUUCUUAUCUUUAUCCUAUUUUUUGUGUUUCUUCUUUUUGCAGUGAUAGACCAGUGAUUUGUUUUUUUAUGCUUUUGUUCUUGAGGCACUUGAAUGUGAUCUGGAUUUAAAGUAAAGCUUUCAAAUCCACUAAUAGUAUUGCCUUUGUAUGAUUGCCCAGUUUCCUUCAAUUUUGAUAUACUACUUCCUCCUAGAUAUGGAUAUGAUCUUUGUCACAAGAAAAAACAGAGGUUGUGUUUAUCAUGUUGAGAUCCUCUUUCAUUUAAUCAUUUUGUGGAGUUGCUUUGGAUCUUUGUUCCAAAGUUGCUUCAUGUGGAAUCCAUCCACAUAACAUUGAAAUGUUUUUAAUUCAUCUUAUUUUUAGAGGGACAUGUUUGGGUUUUAUAUUGUCUAUCUGGAAUAGAUGGAGGAGGAUGGGAUUUGGUUACAAGUCCUCAAACUUGAUUGUUGAUGUUUUGAUUUAUAUUGGUCCAGCGGGGUUUAAGUUUUCCUUUGAUUUGAAGUGUUCCAAGGCUUUCUAGUGUUUCUUGAUCAUGGAGGGAGAAGCAUCAUGGAUCAACCAUUGCCUUGAUGACAGAAGGAGGGAUAUUGGGGAUUUUGGUUCAUUCUCGGAGAUCAGGGAAGAAGUCAAUAAAGAAGUUGCAACGGUUUCAGUAGAUUUAAUUCUGCCUAAUGACUUGUUGGAGCGGAUCCUGGCCUAUCUUCCCAUUGCAAGCAUUCUAAGAGCCGGUUCAGUAUGUAAAAGAUGGCAUGAAAUUGUCAGUUCAAAGCGGUUUUUAUGGAAUAAAUCUCAUGUCUUAUCACAAAAGCCUUGGUAUUUCAUGUUUACCAGCUCUGAUGAACCAGUGGGUUAUGCCUAUGAUCCCAUUUUUCGGAAGUGGUACAGCAUUGAACUCCCCUGUAUAAAUACAUCCAAUUGGUUCAUAACUUCAUCAUCUGGAUUGGUAUGCUUCAUGCACAGUGAUAGUAGAAGUGAGCUAUAUGUAUGUAACCCAAUCACCAAGAGGUGCAAAAGGCUUGAGGAACCUCCAGGCUUGAAAUUCUCUGAUUACAGUGCGCUUGCAAUCUCGGUGAACAGGAUAUCCCACCAUUAUACUAUCUCAAUUGUGAAAUCUAAGCAAGUCCCUGGAAACUUUUUCCAGUGGGAUCUCUCAAUUCAUAUUUAUGAUUCAGAAACAAUGAUAUGGGUGACUGCCUUGACAGAGGUUGUGACUGGGUGGAGAGCUGGUGAUGAGAGUGUGAUCUGUGAUGGGGUUUUGUACUUCUUGAUUUACUCAACUGGGGGUGGUGCACCUGAGAAUCGCCAUGGCCUCAUAAUGUAUAAUCUCUUGAGUCGAUCUUCCCAUGGUUUGUUGAUCAGGAGUUUUAUCCCAGUGCCCUGCCCUCUUACAUGUGGCAGGCUGAUGAACCUCAAGGGAAAGCUGGUAAUGGUGGGAGGGAUCGGGAAACAUGAUCGGCCUGACAUAAUCAAGGGUAUUGGCAUCUGGGUUCUUAAUGGGAAGGAGUGGCAGGAGGUUGCCCGAAUGCCGCAUAAGUUCUUUCAAGGGUUUGGGGAGUUUGAUGAUGUUUUUGCCAGCAGUGGAACAGAUGAUCUCAUUUACAUCCAAAGCUAUGGGGCUCCACAUCUUCUUGGUUUUGAUAUAAACCUGAAACAAUGGAAAUGGUCACAGAAAUGCCCAGUAGUAAAGAGGUUCCCACUUCAGCUCUUCACUGGUUUUUGCUUUGAACCAAGACUUGAAAUUGCUCCAUUUGGUGGUAUUGACAAAUUUGACUGAACAUUUGCCCUUUUUACUUUGUUUUUUUUUUUUUUGCUCUUAUUUUCAGCCAUUAUGAAAUCUCUGUUCCACAAAGUUCAUAGAAAAUGUAACAGCAGAAAAAGGCUGCUUGUUCAUGAAAAAUGGGAAUAUUAUUCUUUGCAUUAAGAAAUACAGCAGUAGUAGAUACAAGCUCAAGACUGUUUUACAUUAUGGGCUUCUUUCAGUCA